AGCUUUGCCGGCAGAAGCUGGAAAAGUUCACUUCGCCUCAGUCAGGCUUCGAAUCUCGCCUAAAUCGAGCCAUGGGAGAACUCAGGAAUGUCGAAAGGAGUUCCAUAGUCCUGGAUGUUUCAUCUGCAAGUCCCAAUAACGUUGAGGAUCAGCUGCAGCACUGCCUGAAGAUGUACCGAGUGCUGUCGGAGGUGAAGUCAGAGACGGAGAAUGUGAUAAAGACAGGCAGAAAGAUUUGUGAGGAUCCGUCGACGAAGAAUCCCAAGAAAUUGUCGCAGAGGAUUGAUGCCCUGAAACACUUGUACAAUGCCCUCGGGGAGAAUGUGACGGAGUCCAAGAAGCAGCUGGAGGUUCUGCUGAAGUUGUCCAAGGAGCUUGGUGAGAAUCUGAGGAUUGUGGAGACUUUCCUAGUGCAGAUGCGAAAAGUGGCAGAGAAUUCUGCAGAGAAUCCUCUGGAGAGGGAGAAGGAAGGUGCAGAGGGUGCUUUGGCCAGGUGCAGGGAAAUCUUUGAGGAAUACGCAGAGAUUUGUGAACCUGUUUACUUGGAAGAUGUCAAAGAUCGAAUUGAUAAUUUAGCUGCGAGAUUCAAUCAACUAGGCAUUGGUGAUGCUGACGAGAUGAAAGUUCUCAACGAAAUGAAGAUGACUCUGCAAAAUAUGGAUAAUAUUUCUGCUGAGUCUCUCAAAACGAUGGCUCAAGAUUUGGAGAGAAUGACACUGAAGAAUGACGAUGGAAAAAGGCUACAUUCCCACGUUAAAAAGAUUGUUCAAGAGGCGAUUGAGGGCAGAAAUGUGGCUGAUGAGAGUCCCAAGGAAAGUCCAGAAGUUCGGAUGGAGGAUGGUGAGACAGAAAUUGUUGUUGUCAGUGAUACAGUUAGGCAAAGACGUGCCCGAACACCAAGUUCCAAUGUCGAUAGCACAGAAUUGAAGGAGAUUCCUCAAACGGGCGAUAUUAAUUCCAAUGGAGACAGUCAGUCAAGUGUAAUGCCUGAUCUCUUACCUAAAACAUUCCAUUUGGCCGAAACGAGCUCCCUAUUCUCUCACAUUUCCCAGAAGGGAAGUGACUCGAGACUUCUGAGUGAGGAGAAUCGUGGUCAAGGUGAUUUUUCGGUGGUUGAAAUCCGAGAAACAAAUACAACGCCAAAGAUGAAAGUGAAGAAUGUUCAUUUAUCUUUGACUGAACCUGAAGAUUUGCCAAAGCCAAAAGUUGGGCAAAUUGUAUUGGAGAGUGUUGACGUCUUUGAACCGGAAUUUGUCGAAACGGUUAAUAUUGUUGAUGCUUCUGAAGAUACUUCAGAUACGGACACUUGCUCAACUCCUCAAUUCGGUGACAGGAGUAGGGGAAAUCUGAGUUGUCUGGAUGAAUUGGAACGGGAGUUGGAGAACUACAACUCGUCUAGUGAUCGAGAUGUAGAGUUCAGGGAUAUCGAUCGGGAGGUUAUUCGAAUUGAGAAGCAGAGAAUCUCAUUUGAAGAGCGUAAGGAUACUUUUGAGGAAAAAGAAAGGGACAUUCUCAGGGAUUCGGAGAAUGAAGUGAAGAAACCAAUGAAAAUCCGUCCAAAUCUCCGGGAUAUCUUGAGUCAGCCGGAACGGGAUAGUUUCUACGCGUCAGACAAGGAGAAUUUUGAUGAACCUCUGGUGUUUUCUGAGGAUGAAGACAUUCCACGAUUCUCCAAGGAGAUGGCUCCGCCAAAUGACUCUGACAGUGAUACGGGUCGAAUUGAGACACCAAACAUUCUAAAGCCAGCAACGAGGAGCAAUAAAGUGCCAAAUGGUGAGGAUGGGACUCUGGAGCAGCGAGUGGGAGAGUUUGAGAAGACGGCAAAGUACAUGAUAAGAAAAUUAGAGGCGACAAGGCUAGAGAUUGAGCGCUGUGAUGAUGGAUUUGGUGCUGUGGAGCACCUUAAGCACUUAAUUGCUCCAGAUGCUGCCACACUCAUCUCACAGGGCGACAGCCUCGUCCUGGAGACUCACGGGAAGAUUGGGGACUUGUCUCAGCGUGUUAUGACAACACAGGGACUCCUCAGGGAGAAAUUCCGCGAAGUGCAGCAUGCAAAAAUGGCAAAAUUAUCAUCAAGUUCUGAAACGGAAGUGGAGAAGAAAGGUGGUAGAAAGAUGUCAGCUGAAUUGGUGAGUUCCGAAACAGCCAGACAGCGUCAAUUGAGCAAGGAUCUCACGGAAAUUGAGGACAUUGUGAAUAAAGUGCUGAAGAGGACACGUGAUCUCAUUGAGAAGCCUCUCAAUGAUUCCUCAGCUGAUGAGCUGUCAAAGAGAAUUCUGGAUAUUCGAGAACGUCAAGAGGAUCUGAAAUUGGCCAUAGAGAUUGCAUCUCAGGCAAAUCCGUGUCCCAAAGCCAAAAUCACGAUGGAGUCCCUGCAGAAGGCCAAGACUGAUCUCUCCUCGCAUUGCGAUGCUGUUGUGGUGAGCCUGGCGAGUCUCAGCCGAAGUGGACCCAAUAGUGAUGCUGGGAGUGGAUCUGGGGAGAAAAUUGAACUGGAAAAUGGGAAGACGCCAUCUCGAGAGAGCACACCGAAACGACGAGAUUCAUCUGAACCCUACAUCCCUGGCUCGUUUACCGCCAAAGCGAGGGCAAAAGCUCUUGGAGCUGGAGCUUCUCUCACUGCAAGUUUCGACAAAUCGAUCCUUCAGAUAUCCGAUUGGUUAUCCCUUGAGAAAGACAUGCUCAAGACUCAGAGUGUCUUUGUUGGGGAUAUUGAUGCAAUUCUGAUGGCCAUCGAUAAGCAAAAGAAUGUUCUGAGGGAGUUGGAGUUCAAGAAACCUCAAUUGGAUGAAUUGGUACACACAGCAGAAACCCUAAAGACUGACGCAAAUCGUCUUCAGCUUCAGAGUAAAGUGACUCGCCUGAGGGAACACUGGGACGAGACAUCGCAAUGUGUCCUUCAGAGAAAAUCACAACUUGCAGCGAUGCUGGGUGAUUCUCAGAGGUAUGAAGCGAAACGCUUGGAGAUUGAAGCUUGGAUGCAGCGAAUGGAAAAUCGAGCUGAUAGGAUGGGUAGUGUUGCGACAACAGCUGAUGUCCUGGAUGCACAGCAGAAGGAGCAGAAGUCAUUCCACGCGGAAUUGCACCAGUACAAGCACCAAAUUGAAUUAUUCAAUCAACUCACGCAGAAAUUAAUCGCAGUCUAUCCAACGGAUGAUACAUCGAGAAUUAAGCGGAUGACUGAAUCAGUAAAUUUACGCUACAACAACUUGAACAAUGUGGUCAUAAAUCGUGGAAAACUUUUGCAUGCUGCUGUUCAUAAUUUACAAUCAUUCGAUAGGACAAUGGAUCAAUUCCUUGCUUGGCUGAGCGAACGCGAGAGUGAAGCUGAGACAAUCUGCGAGAACGCUGAGCAGGAACCUCAUGUGCUAAAGGAUUUGCAAUCUGAAAUUGAAUCACAUCGAGUUGUUUAUGAUCGUUUGGACAAUACGGGCAGGAAGUUGUUGGGUUCCCUGACAUCCCAGGAGGAUGCUGUGAUGCUACAACGACGGCUGGAUGAGAUGAAUCAACGAUGGAAUCACCUCAAAGCCAAAAGCAUCGCAAUUCGAAAUCGCUUAGAAUCCAAUGCUGAGCACUGGAAUGCCCUUCUGCUAUCCCUGAGAGAACUGACUGAGUGGGUGAUUAGGAAAGAUACAGAACUAUCUACUCUGGGACUUGGUCCAGUUCGUGGUGAUGCUGCCAGUUUGCAGAAGCAACUUGAUGACCACAAAGCGUUCCGCCGUCAAUUGGAGGAUAAGAGACCAAUCGUAGAGAGCAAUUUACUGAGUGGUAGACAGUAUGUGGCCAGUGAACCUCCAGUAUCUGAUACAAGUGACACUGAAGCUCUGGAUGGGGACUCGAGGUACUUGUCCGCCGAGGAGCAGAGCAGAGAACUAACACGAAGCAUUCGCCGGGAGGUGGCCAAAUUGUCUGAGCAAUGGAACAAUUUAAUUGAUCGAUCUGACCAUUGGAAGCAUCGUCUGGAUGAAUACAUGACGAAAAUGCGCCAAUUUCAGAAGACUCUGGAGGAUUUGGGUUCUCGUGUGGCUUCUGCAGAGACCCUCACAGCUUCCUGGACACCUCCACCAACAUCUUCCGAGGCAGCUGAUCAAAUGCAGCAUCUGCAGAGGCUCAGGGAUAAGAUGACAACAGCUGGAGCUCUCCUGGAUGACUGCAAUGAACAGCAAGGAUUCUUUACGGCAAAUCACGUUCUCGUGCCCAAUCCUUGUCUGGCCAAACUGGAAGAUCUCAAUACGCGUAUGAAGCUCCUACAGAUUGCAAUGGAUGAGCGCCAGAAGGUUCUCGUGGGUGCAGGAGCGAGUCAAAUGGGUGUAGAUUUGGACGGAUCGCGUCAUUCGCAGAUAAACAGUGGCACAAUUGGUCCUCUGCCCAAUUUGGGCGCCAGCGUUAAGGCGCCCUGGGAACGAGCAACAACACCCGCCAAUGUGCCUUACUACAUCGACCACGAACGGGAAACCACUCAUUGGGACCAUCCGGAGAUGAUUGAACUGAUGAAGUCACUGGCUGAGCUCAAUGAUGUCCGCUUCUCGGCAUAUCGCACAGCACUCAAGCUCAGAGCUGUUCAGAAGCGUCUUGCUCUGGAUCGCAUCCCAAUGUCCAUUGCUAUUGAAUCCUUCGAUCGACAUGGAUUGCGGGCUCAGAAUGACAAACUCAUAGACAUUCCUGACAUGACGACAGUCCUUCAUUCGCUCUUCGUAACUCUGGACCAGUUGGAUUUGCCCCUAAUGUUGGAUUUGGCCAUUAAUUGGAUCCUCAAUGUCUAUGAUUCUCAGCGAACUGGACAGAUUCGCGUGCUGAGCUUCAAGGUGGGAUUGAUUUUGCUGUGCAAGGGUCAUCUGGAGGAAAAGUACCGCUACCUGUUUCGCCUCAUUGCUGACCCGGAAAGGAAGGUUGAUCAGAGAAAAUUGGGCCUUCUUCUGCACGAUUGCAUCCAGGUGCCACGUCAGCUGGGCGAAGUGGCGGCUUUUGGGGGCAGUAACAUUGAACCUUCGGUGCGUUCGUGCCUGGAAAGGGCGGGAAUUGCCCAGAAUGGUACUGGCGAUACCCAGGAGAUUGCCAUUGAAGCGCAACACUUCCUGAAUUGGCUGCAACAUGAGCCACAAAGUCUCGUGUGGUUGCCAGUGCUACACAGACUGGCAGCAGCUGAAGGGGCAAAGCACCAGGCCAAAUGUAACAUCUGCAAGGAAUACCCAAUUGUGGGCUUCCGAUAUCGAUGCCUCAAGUGCUUCAAUUUUGACAUGUGCCAGAAGUGCUUCUUCCUCGGCAAGAGCGCCAAAAAUCACAAGCUCAGUCAUCCAAUGCAGGAAUACUGCACCACAACGACGUCCACUGAGGAUGUCAGGGACUUCACGAGGGCCCUGAGGAAUAAGUUCAAGGGCAAGAAGUACUUCAAGAAGCACCCACGAGUUGGCUAUUUGCCAGUACAGAGUGUCUUGGAGGGUGAUGCUCUGGAGAGUCCAGCUCCCAGUCCACAGCAUACCACUCAUACUCUCCAGAAUGACAUGCACUCCCGGCUGGAGAUUUUUGCUUCCAGAUUGGCUCAGGUGGAAUAUGGGACCAGAAGUAAUUCCACUCCGGACAGCGAUGAUGAGCACCAAUUGAUUGCUCAGUACUGCCAGUCCCUGCCCACAAAUGGACCCAAAUCUCCAGUCCAGGUAAUGGCCGCCAUGGAUGCUGAACAGCGAGAAGAACUGGAGGCAAUGAUAAGAGAUUUGGAAGAGGAGAAUGCUUCGCUCCAGGCUGAAUAUGAUCGUCUGAGAUCCAAGCAAACACCCUCCACAACGCCCGAUGACAAUCAGACCGGAGGCUCCAGUGGACAUGGCCAGGACAUGAUGGCCGAAGCGAAAUUGCUGCGGCAGCACAAAGGACGCCUCGAGGCUCGCAUGCAGAUUCUCGAGGAUCACAAUAGACAGCUCGAGGCGCAACUUCAGCGACUCAGGCAAUUGCUAGAUGAACCAAAUGUCUCCAAGGCUUCCACGCUCCAGACCCGAUCAGUCACAGCUUCGCAGCUGAACACAGAGUCUCCCGCCAAAAUGCAACAGAAUGGGCAUUAUGAGCAGAAUUCAAACACUAACUCGAUGAACGGCACGACGGCUACGGCGCUCUCUGGGGGCGCGAUGAUGUCUGCUGGUGGCCUAAUGGGGGCCAACGGAGGGCCAGGCACGGCUGUUGGGAACCAUGGCAAUCCCAAUGGUGACGGCCGUCCUCCGCCUCCACCGCAUUCCAGCCUCCUUCACAUGGCGGUGAGAGAACUAGCUGAUGAAGCGCACUUUCAUUGUGGACUUGAGCUGAAGAUGAUCUAGGAAAAGUCGUGCAGGAACUUGUGACGGUGAUUACUGAGCAAGAAAUAGAGGAGCAUCGAGAAAAAGAUUAAUAUUUCCCACAAUCACAUUUACCGCCUCUGUAAAUAUUAGGCCAAAAAAAAAAUACGAACUAAUUGCUAAAGAAAAAAAGAAGGAUAAAGGACUCAGAAAAAUGUGUUUGAUGCUAAUGCAAUAUUAAAAGAAAAAUAGAUUUUAUACAUUUUAAAUUAUCACUGUGAACAAAGAAAUAUCUGCAUGAAUUAGUGGUAAAAAAAAGUAAAAGCUAUUUAGAAAGCUAAUCACAAGGUAAAGUCACUAAAAAAGAAAACAUAUUUAUGAGGCAAAAAAAUUGUGGAAGAAAAAAAUCUAAUGGACCCAAGAACAUACAGUAUAAAAAUAGUCUAACUUAUAUAAAUUUAUACAAGAAAAAAAUAAUUCUAACACAUUUCUAAUGUAGAAUAUUCCGAAAAAAAUACAAUGGGGUUAAAAAGAGGGAGGAAAUUAUCAUGCAAAAAAUUAUCACUAGACGAGUAUCUUUAGAAAGAAAAAAGAAAAAACAAACCAAGAACAUUUCAAUCUCCAUUUCAAAACAAUUCAUAUUACUAAAAAAAAACUUGAAACAUAUCCUAUGCAAAAAAAAAACAUAAAACAACGUAUCAGCAAGUCUUUUAGGGCAAAAAAAGUAAACGAAAAUUACGAAUUUAAAGUAACUAAAAAAAAAAUAGACAUUUCCAAAUCUAUGGAGAGCUGAUGGUGGAAAAAGAAAAUUCUUACUCGCUAGAACAAGUUAAAUUUAAAAAAAAAACUGUGUAACAAUUAGUAACCAAAAAUGAAAUCUUUUAACUGUAAUAUUUAACACAUAACUGUAUUUUAAUUUUUUCCAAGAGAUACUAAAAAUAAAACUUUUUUUAGAAGAAAAAAAACUAUUAAAAAAAACAUACAAAAAACCAUUAAGAAGAUGAUUAAAGUAGAAUCGACAUAUCGAGUUGCUAAAAAAAAAACAUUCUGAGAUGAUAUUUGAAAAAUAAAGCAAGUUAAUUGAAAGAACAAAAAAUUAUACGACUUAAAGGAAACGCUUAGUGAAAAUAUUUCGUUGCAAGAUUGACAGAAAAAUAAUUGUUAAAAGAAAAACAGAUUUUUUGUAGAAAUAACAAUGUGACGAUAACAUUAAAAAAAAUCAGUCUUAAGACAAUUUACAAUAUUAAAAAAAAAGUAAAGAAGUGGAAGGUAGGAUGAUUAAAAUAAAAAAAAAACUAGGUGCAUGAAACUUAUCACUGUAUUAUUAACUAGUUCUUUAAUAAUAAUAAUAAUUGAACAAGGAAAAACGUAAGAAUAAGUUUUUAUGGCAUAAUUAUUAUUACAAAAAAAAUGAUGAUGAUGAAAAAACAUUAAUAAAAAUCAUUUCAAAAUAAA